AUGGAGCGGCUUGAUUCCAAGUUCUACCAGAAGUACACCGCUCUCAAGAAGCGGAAGUUGCUGGACGAGGGGCUGGAGCGGAAGCGGGAGGCGGAGCUCAAGGAGCUUUACGAUGCCAUGAAAGAUUGGACCAGCGAACUCAAGAAAGAUAAUGAUGAGCUCAAAGAGAAGCUGGUGGACAAGGAGGAUGAGCUCGAGAAGGCCCGUCAGGAAUUCCUUGAAGAUAUUCGUACAAGGGACAGUGAAAUUCUGAGGCUGAAGCAGCUCUUAGAUGAGAAGGCUGAAAAAAACAAUUCUACAGCUACUGGGUCUCCUGGCCUAACACCUGAAGCUAUCCUAGAAAAAUCAACUCCAAUGUUACCUAAAAGAAAGACACCACUGUCCCACGGCAAGGUAAAGAGGGUACAGUUGAUUGAAAAUGCUCCUCACAGUAGCCCCACAGAGGAAUCUCAAGAGCUAGAAUGCUCUAGAAGACAUUCAUGCAUCUCAGGGAAUGGGACAAAUGAAAUUCCGAGUGCUCGUAUGUUCCAUUUGCUGCUUCAAUCUUUAGUUCGCAUGAAGAUCUCAGUAAAUGAUGGAACAGAAAUGUUUUCGGUCUCAGUCUGUCACGAAGCUAGUGGUACUUGCUCACACUGA